CCAUUUGCAGAUAAAGACGAGUAGUUACAGCUUUGGUUGACUGCUGUCCAACAAAACAAGCCCAGGGACAAUGGCGGCUUUGGCUGCUCCUGGGCACCUUAAUAUUUAGGCAUGUCGCAGGGGACCUGCACAGGCGGGCCCUUGCGUGGCAAAAUGCGUCCCCCGUCAUGGACUUUGCUAUUAGCCUGGCUAGGAGUUCUUGGCGUCCGUCUUGCACUUGGCCAGGCAGUGGACUGCUCCAGCCUGCUGCGAAGCUCUACCCUGCAGCUCAGCCAGCUCCAACCGUGUCUGAGCCAGGGCACGCAGCCGAUGGUGCUGGACGCUUCCAAACGUUAUGCUGCUUCACCAAGCGGAAGUCGACAGGUCUUAGACCUGGCGUAUGGGGCUUCGACCCUGCUGCUGCUCACGCCAGGUGCUAACAUUGAAGUUCUGAGCGCCAGCAUCACCGGCGUGCGGCUCGCCACGCCGAGCGCGGCUGCGUUUAAGCUCCUCGCCAUCUCAGUUCAGCCGGGCGCCUCGCUCCAGCUCACGGACGUGUCGCUGGAGACGGACUGUGCAACGCUGUACUAUUAUCAGCAAUGGCAGGCGACCGCGCGUCCAGCGGCCGUGUCGCUGGCCCCGAGCGGCGACUUAGUUAUCUCGUCGUGGCAGCAGUCAGGGGUGACCUUCACGUCCUGCACGCUCACCUGCCGCCGGCCGCCAGCCGUAGCGGUGGGGACCGCGUCGCCCGUCACGACGGCCGUCAGCGUCAGCGACGAGCUAGAGUUCUUUAAUGCGCUCUCGCUGGCGUCUGUCGUACAAAACAGCAAUGACGGCAGUACAUCAGGGCUGUACGGCUCCGGGCCAGUGAUGAUUGUGGUACGGCAGGAUCUGGUGCUGGGCAGUCCGCUGUGGCCGGCCGUGGGGGUGGCGCUGCAGCGCACUGUGACGGUGGUGGGCGCGGCGGCGGCCGUGCCGCUAAGCGCUGUGGUCGGCAGCGGUGGCGGCAAUGCUACCAGCGUGGGCCGGCGGGUGCGCAUCGACCUGCAGGACCUGAUUGGUGUUGUGCACGUGGUGGACGGCGAGGUGCUGACGCUGCAGAACCUCAUGCUGUCAAACGCCGGCAUGGUGGCGGGCUACGCGCCCGUGCCGUUCACGGGGCUGGGCCUGGUGACCUGCUUCCUGUGGUUCGUCGACGUGAAGCGCUCGCUGGCGCCCAAGCCGCCGGAUCAGCUUGUCGUGGCGGACACGGACAUUGUCGUGUAUUCCGAGGACCUUGAGCACAUGUCCGUCUGGGCGACGUUCGUGACCACGCCCGCGGGGCCGCUGGCCGUGCUGGCGGCGCCAUUCCGCAUCGGCAUCGCGAGCAUCGAGAUCCAGGCGCCCACCACCGCGGUGCCGUGGCUGACGUUCACGCAGAUGCACGCGUACGGCAUGGACUUCUUCAACGUGUCACUGCGUAGCGACGUCAUGACCGGCCUGAACCUCACGGCGCGGCGGGCCGGCGUGCCGCUGUUUGCGCUCAACACGCCGCUCAAUACCACCGUGGUGCCGGUGUGGACGCAGAGCGACCUGCAGGGCGCGCUUGCGGGCGUGUCGCGGCUGCCGGCCUGCUCCCGGCUGUCCAACACCACCGCCUACUUCCACCUGUUUGCGAACCUCUCCAUCGACGGCUCCAAAUGGCCGUCUGUGGGCUUCAACAUCAGCUGCAACAUCACCGUCAGCGGCACACCCGCCCGGCCCGGCAGCACCUGGCUCAACUUCAACCUGCUGCCGCGCUUCGUGUCCAUGAGUUCUGGCGCCUCCCUCACCCUCAGGUCUCUGACGCCCUUCAACAUGCCCAGCGCCCAGCGCACCUACGACCUGGGCGACCUGACCCAGAUGACGGCGCCGCUGUGGCCCGUGGGUCGGCCCAUGCCGCCGGCCGCCAGCAGCCGCUUCCUCAUCCUGCAGGACUGCACGCUGGCGCUGCCCACAGAGGAGUACCGCUCGCUGGCCGCGGUGCUGGGGCAGCCAGGCGGCCGCGUGCCCAGCCCCGCAUUCAACGCCAGCCUGCGCGGCGUGCAGGUGGUGUCCAGCACGGCCGCCUCCAUACUGCUGGACCGACUUGAUGCCAUGGGGCUCAUUGCCAGCAACACCGUGCUCACGGACACGAGCGGCGCCACGCCCUUCCCGCCACUGCUCAGCGCCAGCCUGUACGGCACCGCCGGCCUUGUGCCGCCGCCGCCCCCUGCCGCCGGACCCAGCCCCAGCGGCGGCAGCGGAAGCGGAAGCGCCGGAGGGCUGUCCCAGUCCGCGAUCAUCGCCAUUGCGGUCACGGUGCCGCUGAGCGCGGCCCUGCUGGCGGCGGCGGCCGUGGUGGCAGCCUACAUGCUGCUGCGGCGCAGCCGCCGCUACCGCCGCACCACCGCUGCACCAAACAGCAAGGAUGGUGAGGAGGACGAGGAGGGCGUGUCGCCGGAGAGCCCGGACGCGUUGGCCGCAGCGGAGGCGGAGGCAGAGGCGUCAGCCGCCCUAGAGAAGGCGAUGGCGGGCGGCGACGCCGGCUCCGCGGGCGGGUGGGGCGGCAGCGGCAACACGCCCGCGUCCGACCGCAGCGGAGAGGAGACGGGCACGCAUGCCAACUCGGACACGAGCGGCAUCAAAAAGCUAGGACUGCCGGCACUCCAGCAGUCCAAGUCAGGGGACGGCAACAACGCCGGUGCCGGCACGGCUGGCGGCGGCACGGCCGGCGGGGGCACGGCUGCAGGCGGCACGGCUGGCGGCGGCAGCGGCGGCGCACCCAACGGCACCAGCGGCAGCGGCGAGCACACGUCGCGCGAGAGCGAGGUGCCGUCGCAGCCGCCCCUUCACGUGGAGCUGCACCAGCUCAUCCUGGACUUUGCCCGGGAAAUUGAGGACCAGCACCUCACCAUACACGGGCCGCUCGGCAGCGGCGGCUUCGCAGUGGUGUACAGGGGCACGUGGCGUGGCAUUGACGUGGCGGUCAAGGUGAUUGAGUUCAAAGACGGACUCGCUGCCAACAGCGACGAGCGGAUGCGGACGCGCGCCAUGACGGAAGCUGCCAUCGCGGCCAACAUCCAGCACACCAACAUCGUCACCACCUACUCAUACGACAUCAGGCCAGUGCAGCCCAACCAGCCGGACGCCGGCAGUGCACUGCUGGGCAUUGGCCCGGGGCCGGAGGGCGGCGGCGGCGCGCUGGACUGCGCAUCGCCGGGUGGCGGAGGCGGCAGCCGGCGCGGCAGCACCAGCGGCAGCCGGAGGGGCAGCUACAGCGGCGCGGGGCCGAUGCAGCCGCAGAUGUGGAAACUGUAUCUCAUCCAGGAGUUCUGCGAGGUGGGCUCGCUGCGUGUGGCUCUGGAGAACCACAUGCUGCAGGGGCCGGACGGCCAGCCCAACCUGAACCUCAUCCUACGGCUGUCGCUGGACGUUGUGCGCGGCCUGAUGCACCUGCACAAGAAGAACAUCGUGCACGGCGACCUCACGCCAGGCAACAUCCUGCUCAAGGCCGACCUGUCACGGCCCGGCCGCUACAUUGCAAAGCUGGCGGACUUCGGCCUGAGCGUCAAGAUGGACCCGGAGCAGCACUCCGUGGACAACAACCGCACCGGCACGCCCUUCUAUGCCAGCCCGGAGGUGCGGCAGCACGGCAACCUUACCAAGGCCUCGGACCUAUACGCCUUCGGCGUGUGCCUGUGGGAAAUGUACCACGGCCGGCCCUGCUACCAGCGCGUGCGCGGCGUCAAGCACUACGUGCACGCCACCGGCUAUCCCUCCUUCCCGCCCACCGCGCCGCCUCAGCUCGCAGACCUGGCGGCGCGCUGUAUGCGGCGCCCUCUGGAAGAGCGGCCGCAGCUGAUCGAGGCGCACGAGGUGCUGAGGCAGCUGCUCAUCGCCGUCGGCAGCGGCCUCAACAGCGGCGGCAGCUACAGCUGCGCCGCCAGCGAGACCGGCUACGCCACCAGCGGCAACCCGAGCAUGGAGUGGCCCUUCCUGGCUCAGAACCAGGCGGCGGCCAUGGACAACAACCCCUACGUGGGCGCACUGGGCAUGAUGGGGCCGGGGGGUGGGGGUGGAGGCGCCGCACACGGCGCGCCUAGCCGCGGCAACAGCACCCGCAGCCUCAUGGGUGGCGUGGCGCCGCAGGGGCCAGUGGGGCCGUACGGCGCAAUGGCCCCGGAGCUGGCGGGCGCGCCGCCCAUGUACGCGCCGGCGCCGCCGCCGGUGCCGUGGGGUGUGCCCGGCGCGCCCGGCAUGCAGCCGGUGAGCCCGGGCGGGCACUUGGCGGCGGGCGGCGUGGCGCCGCCGCCGGGGCUCAUGGGCGGGCCGGCGGCCGCAGGCAUGACCGUCAGUCCGGGCGGCGCGUCGGGUCGCAGCCGCCUACACCACCAGACCGGCGGCUCCGUGCACAUGCAGCAGCAGCAACAACAGCAGCAACAGCAGCAAGUGCAGAUGGCGACGUUUGGGGUCCAACAAUCGCCGAAUUUGCAGCAGCAACAACAGCAGCAGCAGACGUCGAGUGAGGUCUCGGCGAUGCUUCCAAUGCCAGGGCAUCUACUCCAGCAGCAGCAGCAGCAGCAGCAGCAGCAGCAGCAACAACACCAACAGCAACAGCACAUGGCGGCGUUCCUGGCACAAGCGCAGGCACAGCUGCAAGCAGGGCCUGGGUCCUUCGGGGGAUCUGGCUCUUACGGCUCCUACGCAGGCGGCGGCCCCGCGGGCCCCGGUGCGCCCUUGGCCCGCACCUCGCACAGCAGCAACGCCGGCGCGUACGUCAGUGCCACGCCCGUCAACUACCGCAACCCGGCGCCGCCGCCGAUGCCAAUGCCGCCGAUGCAUGCGCCCGCACAGGUGCGGCAGCCGGUGCCGCUGCUGCAGAUGCUACAGCAGCAGGGCGCGGAGGGUGUGGGCCAGGCGACACCGCGGGCCGUGCCGUUCGGCCUCACUUCCAACAGCCAAGUACUGCCUCCUGAGCUUGCGAAUGGAGGCGGCGGUGGUGGCGGCGGCGGGCAGGUUACCUUGAACAUGGCUUCCAAUGGGGAGCAGGAUCCAUUCUACUCGGCCGGGGCGGGCUCCACGGCCGGCAACACCACCCCAAGCUCUGCUCGCAUCUCCGGAGCUCAUGCACGGCCAUAGGGGUUGUGUGCUCGCUGUUGGCGUACAAGUGUACAUCUUGUUGACUCUUGAUUCCGAGAGGAUACUGUGAAUUGACUCAAUAGUAUGCAAUGAUUUGGCUUGAGAGCAUUCGGCAAUCGCUGAUGGCAACCAGCCGGCGGGUAGCAGGACCUGCGCGCUUAGCAUCCGUUAUUGCACGUGUCUGUGCGCCUUGGGCUUUCCGUGUGUACUGACGGGGUAUUGAGAGAUCAUCAUGCGGCCACUUGUAUUACGGUCCCGCGCAGUGUGGCAGCGGACUGUAGUACAGGGCAUGUGUGCCGCUAACGGACGCGAUAUCAUGUAGCAUGCAUGUGGUACACAGCACCUUGGUCGCUGCGGGAUCACGCCGCAUCCUUCUAUGCUGCUGAUACGCACGUCGCCGAGCGGACCCUGCCGCAAGGACACUAGCUCUAUCGCAGAAGGCAUUAUUCUAUAGCAUUUGCAGACUUGUUGGGUUACUGCCGAGCAAUGCAUCGCACCCUCAUCACCGUCGUGGACGUCGUUUGAUACCGAAGUGCGGUAUGCUUGAAGCCAACGGUCAGCGACUUGCACACCGUGAUCGCUGUUGCAGUCACGACCUGCAGGCCAUGCCUGUACGGGCUUCUGCAUAAUGGUGGGUAGGUGUGUAGUGGGCGCUGCUGGCGCGCACACGAGCUGCGGCGUAGCCUGAAGGCGCUUGGUCCCAGGCCGAUGCGCAGUGCGGGCCAGUGGUUUGAAUGCUUGGCUGCUGGUACUUGUUGUCAGUUGGGCCGCGAUCGGGGCCGGUGAGCCAGGCACGCUGUACGGUAUUCAACGAGUUGGGGCACAUAAUGGUACAUCCCUAGGCGCGACCAUGCGUAAUUGUGUGCGGCGUGCGCUACGGCACGCACGGUGGAAGUGAUUGAUGCAUAGUUGGGUUCAACACGUGGCUCCAAAUCGAGUGUUAGCAUGCAGCCUCAGAGAGGCCACUAUGGUGGAAUGGGGGCGGGGCUUCGACUCCCCGCGUUGCAGGAUGGAAGUUUCAAUCGCCAGCUGGCGUGGCUACGUGGCGUGGCCCACAGCAGGUCAAGGACCACGGCUGCAACUUGCAAGGCAGAAGAGUGUGUCUGUGUGUGGGACAAUUGGUAAUUUUAGUGCACCAGCAAAUGGAAAGGAGCUGUAGCCGUGUAGGAGCUGCCGACGGAGAAUUGUUAAAAUUAUAUGGCGACAAACGCACUGCAUGACUGGAGAGUUUCUGGUACGCGGCCCUCAAGGUACCGUGCGUAUGGAUACCGUAGCUUCGUUGACACCCCAGCUCGUGUAAACAUCAGCCAGUGGCACACCUUUGAGUGCUUUUGCAUAAUACCAAAGUAGCAAGGGUAUCACGGUAGGUCGGUACAGUGCUCGUAUCUUCCAUCUACACUGUAGAAAUCUGCCCAAAAUCCGCCGAAGGCGGAGAAAAAUUUUUGGGUUUGGGUGCCACGCAUCUACGCAGUGUAGACGGUUUUGGCCGGCUUUGGUGCAAAAAUGGGGGAAGCGUAGACGUUUUGGGGGGCUUGGGGGCUUAAGUGUAGAUGCCGCGGUCAGGGUCAUCUACGCAUGUGUAGAUGCCGGGUGCCUGAGGGCAUCUACAAGAUACGAGCACUGGGUCGGUAGCCAUGCUCGGUACGGUUAGCAUCAUGUACUUGAGGAGUCUUGGACAGAAAUUGUGGGGCAAGCGAGCUGCAGGGAUAGGCAGGGACGCGGGGUUCCGUUACUCGGCUGGCGCUCUGCCCGUCAGCCUGCGAGGUCGCCUCAGCCAGACCGUGCACUGUAGCACUGGGCUUCGCUGUCUGUGAUCAUCGGGAAGGCAGAAAGCUCCAUACCGGGCCGAUUGACGGAUACCAAAGAAGCGUUGGAUGCGAGGAUACGGGAGGACAAGCUUGGCGCACCGUAGCGGUCGAUGCUGUCCUAGACUACUGCGCUAGGGCGGCUAGGCCAGGCCAGGCAUUCGUGUGCACGCCAUGCUGUGUUCACCGGAGGCUCCCAACUCAGCUUUGGGCACGCCGGCAGUUGCUGGGAAAGGCGCAUGCUGCCCGAGUGCGCGCUGGGUCCACGGUUGGGUCCGCCUGGACCAGCACUUGAAAGUUGCAGGGACCGCAAGGAGUAGCAAGGAGCGGUGGUUUGGGCAAUUUUCACCGACUGG